AAGCCGAGUGCUCGCAGGAGCCGCCAGGCCACACAUCGUUUCUCCCCUCCGCACAGCAGCGCCCGCGGCGGCGACAGUACAGGGACGGCGGCAGUACCACGAGAAAGAUAAGUAGCCCUCCGACGGCGCAUGCGAUGGAGAGCCUGGGUGCCUCGGAUCGUGGAUAUCGGAUCCAGCGAUUCCCCUACCACCUUCUCCCGCAUAAUGGCCAUCCACCCCCUCCAAGCCGCAAAGCUAACAUUCCCAGCACUGCUCGACCACUACAACCGCCCCCGCAACGUUGGCUCCAUGCCCAAGGACGCCGCGGACGUGGGAACCGGCCUCGUCGGCGCCCCGGCCUGCGGCGACGUGAUGAAGCUGCAGAUCCGGGUGGACCCCAACAACAACACCAUCAGCGACGUCAAGUUCAAGACGUUUGGGUGCGGCAGCGCGAUUGCGAGUUCGAGUUAUCUGACCGAGUUGGUGAGGGGCAUGACGCUCGAGGAUGCGGCCAAGAUACGGAAUACGCAGAUUGCGCAGGAGCUUUGCUUGCCGCCUGUUAAGCGUAAGUGUCAUCGUAUUUCCCGAGUUUGCUCGUGAUCUUGAUGUCGUGGGAUUGACGCUGAUGGUUUCGUUUAGUACACUGCUCCAUGCUUGCCGAAGACGCCAUCAAGUCCGCCAUCUCAAACUACUACUCCAAGAACCCCCAAGCC